UGUUUAUACCGAACACGUGUCUUGUCCCUGGAUGGACCUUUAAACUUGAUAAGCGAGUGCCUGCUUUCGAAACCUGUUAUCUUUAAAGGACCGAGUAGAAAUGGUUUUAUCUGUAAUAAUCCGUUCUUUAAGAUCUACGAAUUUUUCCUAUAAAAUAAAAAAAGAUGCCAUUGCCGGUUAUUGGCAAUGUUUUGGAAAUUGGACGGGACGGGAGACUCUGGCAGAAGACGAUCCGGAAAUUUGGUCGCUAAUUCAAGAAGAGAAGCAGAGACAAUUGUGUGGACUAGAAUUAAUUGCUUCGGAAAAUUUUGCCAGCAGAGCCUGUCUAGAAGCUCUUGGAUCUUGUCUCAAUAACAAGUAUUCGGAAGGUUAUCCAGGUCAGAGAUAUUAUGGUGGAACCGAAGUUAUAGACAAAAUAGAACUUCUUUGUCAGAAAAGAGCACUAGAAGCUUUUGAUCUGGAUCCGGAAAAAUGGGGCGUGAACGUCCAACCGUAUUCCGGAUCACCCGCAAAUUUUGCCGCCUACACCGGUCUACUGAAACCUCACGAUCGCCUCAUGGGUUUGGAUUUACCUGACGGUGGCCAUCUUACUCAUGGCUACAUGAGCGAUCAGAAGAGAGUUUCCGCAACUUCCAUAUACUUUGAAUCGAUGGGUUACAAACUAAAUCAAGAUACGGGGCUGAUAGAUUAUGACGGUCUGCAAAAAAUGGCCAGAUUGUUUCGUCCCAAAUUAAUAAUAGCAGGAACUAGUGCCUAUUCCCGACUUUUAGAAUACAAACGAUUUAGAGAGAUCUGUGAUGAAGUGAAGGCCAUUCUCCUGUCGGACAUGGCCCACAUCAGCGGACUGGUGGCCGCAAAGGUCAUUCCGAGUCCGUUCGAGUAUUCGGACGUCGUCACCACCACCACUCACAAAACUUUGAGAGGAGGAAGAGCGGGAAUGAUAUUUUAUCGGAAAGGAGUAAAAGAAGUGGAUAAAAAUGGAAAAGAAAUCAAAUAUAAUUUUCAAGAAAAAAUAGACUUUGCCGUGUUUCCCAGUUUGCAAGGCGGUCCUCAUAAUCAUGGAAUUGCCUCCGUGGCCGUGGCAUUAAAACAGGCAAAAUCACCUGAAUUUCGUCAGUAUCAGCAACAAGUCUUGAGUAAUGCCAAAGCUAUGGCUAAGGCUCUCGUUGACCGAGGGUACACCUUAGUUUCGGGAGGUACAGACAAUCAUCUGCUCCUCCUUGACCUGAGACCAAAUGGGCUGGAUGGAGCCAGACUAGAGAGUGUGAUGAAUCUGUGCAACCUGACGGCCAACAAGAACACGUGUCCGGGCGACAAGUCCGCUCUUGUACCGGGCGGAGUCCGUCUUGGUGCUCCGGCAUUGACUUCUAGACAAUUCAGGGAAAAGGAUUUCGAGAAGGUGGUGGAAUUUAUCGACCGUGCCAUCGUCAUUGCUCUGAAUGCCAAAAAGAGAGCAGGUAAAACGGUUAAAGAAUUCAAGAGUUUCAUUACGUCGGAUGAGGAAACGCGUUCGAAGAUAUCCAAGCUGAAGGAUGACGUUCGCCGGUACGCAGAGACGUUUCCCAUGCCGGGAUUUUCCGAUCAUUAAUCCCGUAACGUUUUGAUUUGUACUAAAUCUACUUACAUUUUUUUAAUCAAAAGAAAUUUUAGUCUGUGACUGACUAAAAUGUACAGAAUGUUUAUAUAAAAUGUACUUUGAUAAAA